AUGGAACAACUCAUGGACCUCGGCAAAGUCUCCUUCACUAGUGGAGAUUAUUCUCUGACGAUCCAGAAUGUUGAUGAUGAUAAACAAGGACUCUGGAACUGUCAGCAAGCGGGUCGAAUAGUCGCGUCUUACAAUCUCAUUGUCGAUGUGCCACCUGAAAUUGAAAUGGUGUCAUCCUCGCCCGUCGAAGUAGGUGAAGAUUCGACGUUGAUCUGUCAGGCAUCUGGACGACCCCGACCGAAGAUUUACUGGACACGAAAGGGAGGAGAAACUAUAGACGGAGCCAAAACGAUCGAACUUGCUGAUGCAGAUGGAGUUCAGCGAUCCCAAGGAACUUUGGUGGUUCAAAAUGUGACAAAAUCGAUGAUUGCGGAAAUUUCCUGCAACGCACAAAGCCGCGCUACCACCGCCACCCAAACGACAGAUGUGAACGUGAAAUCUGCCCCCGUGGUGAUAACAGAGGAGGGUUUGGGGAUGACGAAGCGAAGGUAUGCCAAAGUAGGCAGUGCCACCCAAGUCUCCUGCAUCGUACAAGGCUUUCCUAUUCCUACUGUACGAUGGUGGCUCGAUGAGCGAUUCUUGCGGAUUGAUGAGAUCGAGGACGAGCGCAUAAAGUUAUCAAUAAAAGAAGUGAAAGAUGCCGACUUCGGUGUAUACAAGUGUGAACCUUCUAAUGAACUUGGAUCCGACCAUUUCAAAGCGGUCCUUGCCCGCCUUCCGAAAACCACGAACGAAGCUCAAACUCAAGCACGCAAAUCGGGCCAAAAUGGAGCCUCUACUCAAUCUGUCAAUUUGCUAACGCUUGGAUUCCUGCUUGCGUAUCUCCUUAUUUAA